AUGAACCUGCUGGACUAUGCCAUUCGAACGUUCAGCAAAGUUUUUAUUAUGCCAGUGACGGUAGCACCCGCUUUGACCUACUUCCGGAAGUUUAUAAGUUUGGAAAUGAUCGCAUCCCUUGCCCAAGUGACUAACCUGUACAGUACCCAGUCCACUGGACAGUCAAUGAACGUCGCAGAGGCUGAACUGGAGCAACACAUUGGGAUAUACCGGAUGGGACCUGUGCAAAUGCCCUGCUGGCGAUGUUACUGGGGAAGAGGGACGAUGUUUCCCGUGGUCGCUGAUGUGAUGCCACUGAACAGGUUUGAGAAAUUGAGAAGGCCGAUACACUUCACUGACAACCGUCAGGCCACAGAAGACACAAAACGUUACAAAGCUUGGAAAAUCCGAACGUGGUUAAAUUUACGACAAGAAAACCUCCAGUCGGUCGAGCAAGAAGAGCUGAACAGUGUGGGCGAAAUGAUAAUUUCCUUCACUGGGAGGUGCCCCAUGAAGCAAUACAUGCCCGCGAAGCCCAACCCCCGGGGCAUAAAACUGUGGGGUCGAGCUGGCUUCUCUGGUUUUCUUUAUCAGUUCGAUGUCUUCCACGGCCAAACGAAACAACACUACCUGUUAGGGUUGGCUCGUGACGUCACUCUUAGGAUGUGCGAGUUUCUUCCACAGCAGAAUGGUUACGAAAUAGCAUGCGCCAAUUUCUUCACCAGCUUAGAUCUUGCGAUUAAGUUGUCGAAGAGAGGUCUGGGGUUUGUAAGAACAAUCAGAAUAAAUCGGCUAAAGGACUGCCGACUAAAGUCAGAAAAUGACCUGAAGAAGGAGGGACGUGGUGCGUUCGAUUAUCCGGUCGACAAUCUAUCAAUUAUAGCAGUUGUAAGUUGGUACGAUAAUAGAGCCUUGACAUUCGUCUCCAACUAUGUGUCUUCUGAACCAGUCGGAGCUGUGCGAAGAUGGGAGAAGGAAAAAACGUUUAUUCCAGUACCACAACCAGGAAUUGUAGCGACAUACAGCCACUUCAUGGGUGGUGUGGAUGUCCUGAACUACUAUAUGAAAGUUUACAAGUUCCCCAUUAAGUCUCGGAGAUAG